UAAGUCCCGGACAACUGGUUUAAAUCCAUACAAGGUCAAAAAACAUUGUCAUUUUCUCAAAAUAUAAUUUUAAAAUUACCUCAAUUCUCAGAGAUCCCCAAACGAUUCGCGCGAAGCCGUUCAAAAGACUCAGUUUCCCCAAACCCCACCUUACGGUAGCAUACUCUGCUCUGAUUGGUCAACUAACAUAGUCAGUUUUGAUUGGUUGUUACGCAUGUUCUGCGUGUUGUAAACGAAACGCCCAUAGCUCACCUUCGGAUGUUUAUAGCUUUUCAUAGAACAUUAUUACAGUAAAUAAAUACCAUGGCAUCUAUUUUGCCAUGUCAAUUUGAGCCUGAAUCCGAAGAGGAAACCGAUGAAGACGUUCAACCGGCAACUCAAUCAAACGUACGACUUGAGCAGGACGUUUCUCAGUGGUGCACGUGUGGGAACUGUAAUAGAAUGCCCACUGAGUCUGAAAACCUGUGCUGUCAAGAAGUACGACAGGUUAUAAGAAGAAUCCAACAAAUUCCAGUGCCUCCAACAUGUAUGAUUGACCACCCAGGCUUUGAAGCCAACUGCCUAAAUCCAUAUACCCUACAGAACAUUCAUAAUAUAUAUAGAAGCGACUAUGGUCCAUUAAGGCGCCGAACAAGAGAGGAGCAAUUUCGUCAUUUGGCAUAUCGGAGCUUUGUUAGCUGGUGCUGGGGCUUCUUAGGUCGACAUGUCCGUGUGGUCAUUCCUUCCUGCGUUGUAUCCCGGAUACGCCAGGAGUUUCCAGAUCUGGCUGGUCACUACGUCGGUUUUCGGCCACCUCUCGACUGAACCGGGAGAAAUGGCGGGCAAUCGUUUCCUCCUUUGAGGGUCUCUCGAACUCGGCAGAAAUUGGAAUGGGAACAGGAAUUGCCUGUAGCUCCUCAACAAAAGGUGCUGGGUCGACGACAACCUCCUCAAAGACGAGCCUCAUUAGGUCAUCCACAUAAUCUGGAAAACAUUUGUAAAGAAGAAUUUUUUAUUUAUUUCAUAUUUAUUUGUAAUAAUGUUUACAAUAAAAUGUUUAUUAACAUAC